AUGGCGUCUUCUUUAGCGCUCCCUCCUGACCGCCCAGGGGAUAUGCGUGCUGUCCGGAUUCAUACUUCACGCACCGUCAAUGUCGAGCUACCAGAUGGAGGAACCCGAGACAUUACAUUCGCCGCUGGCACGGUCGGCUAUCUCCUUUAUGAUAUCCCGGAAAGGAACAAAUGUGCUGUUCAGCUCAUCAAUCACAUGGGCCAAAGACUGGAUUGCACAGUACCACGACGACUCAUCGACAUCGGUGAGCUCAGCUCCAACUUUGCCAUCCGACGGCCACAAAUUGUACAAAGCCAACGAGCGACAACGAUUUCUCAUCGGCGUGCAAAUGACGCCGCCGGGAGAGCCAUCCGCUUUCUCUGGGACGAUUUGCAUAUCAACGGAAGUGUUUUAGGUGAUCUGGGCUUGAAGACUGAUCGCUUGAACGAGGUUCUCGACGACCCUUCUAAGAAACGCGACGCAAUUAAUACUAUCAUUGCUUCAUUCUCAGACCAGGCAUGGACUGCCGUCAACACACCGGGACUCCCAAUCAGCGCGUUCCGUAACAUACCCAGAAUCACGACGACUAGACCUCGGAUCUUAGGCUCACAGACAAUGAUAUAUCUUCGUGUUUAUAUCGACGGUGGCCGAUUCGCGACGUACACUGGCCGAAGCAGCGAUCCCAUCGGCAGACAGAUACAACAUGAUUUCGCGAUUCGAGGCGAUACAAAUAACCUUGGACACUAUGUGGAAGCUAGGAAGUAUCCCGCUGCGAACCGAUAUGCACUGCAGAUGAUGCUUCUGACUGACGCAAGCGAGAUCAUCAUCAAGAUGGCGGAGACGACGCUUUGCUCCCUCCUUGGAACCUGGCACCCAGCCCUGACACGGAGCUCUCAUACCCGGCUGCAGGAUGAAUUGGGUUCUGGUAGCACUCGUUCUAUCAACCAUAUGGUUCUUAUGUCUUCGUUCGGAACCGUCGCCGCCACUGCUCUCGAGCGCGCCAACUAUCCGAAGCUAGGGGGAAGAGGCUGCAAUUGGAGCUUGCCUCUAGAAGAAUCCAACUUCGAAAAGCGUGAAUGGAUCCGAUACAGGAUUCAGACGGCCGACCGACGCUCCAUGCUAGUCUAUCGCUGGCAAUCCUCCGUAGGUACUGUUGGAAAACAACUUGGCUUGGUAGCCAGGUUCGGCAGCGUUUCAACAGGAGACAUAGAGAAGGGUUUUGGUAUCCACGUUAAACUUGACCAUCUUCCUGGCAUCAAGAAGGGCGAACCUCUGGUGAUAUCAGUGGAAGUCAUGGAAGAUGGUAAACCCCACCCGACGCCGUGGUAUCGUGGCCCUAUUCAUGGGGCCUGGGACAACUGUCACGAGCUGCACAGUUUUACAAUCAAGGUCGAGUGGAAGGACCAAGCCAGCAAUCAAUGGUAUACCUACCCAGUCGGAUACCAUGAGGUUAUAUCUGUAUUUGAGCAACGGCCAGGUGAUUCGACAAUUACCAGAGAUUGGAGAAAGGCUACUUGUAUCCUUCAAUUCUUUCACAAUCGCCGAUAUAGGAACCCGCCAAGCUAUCUGCUAUCGCACUAUAGCCCUCUCAUCAGAGAAGCGGUUUACGAUCAUUUAUCCCAGUCUAUCAGCUUCCAGAUCGUUCCUCAAGUUGCAUUGGACCCUCCUGCACACGUCUCUUUUGCCCAAAAUUUCAUGUCACUCGGGAGGGCAUCCGAGUCAUCUUGGCCAGCGAUAGCUGUUGGUCCCCAACCACAAUUGAGCUGGUUCGGUGGUGGUAAGGGCCACUUGCCAUCCUGCGUCCUAUGUCAGCAGACCAUUGCAUCUCAUAAAAGCUCACUUACUGUGGGCUGUAGCAAACGCAAGGGCGAUUUUCAUGUAGCGGCCGACGAACCUAAUCGUGACAGAAUUCUCCAGGCUUCAUGCCGCUUAUGCUGGGGUAUUUUUCGACGGCCCUGUAUAUGGGUUAAGUUUGGGCAAUGGAGAGAGGAUCGUGGCAUACCUCCCUCGUACUACGGUGCCGCAAUUACUCCCAAGUACAGUGGUGCAGCCAUUCCUAUUGAAGCUCCAAUGACUGUUGAAACAUAUCAACAGCUAGAGGCUGACAUGGAAGAAACUGCAGCUUUGGAUGACGGAUUGGGCGAUGAGGAAGAAGACUGA